UGAUUUAAAAAACUGUUUAUUAUUUGUAAAACACUUUCUGAUCUAAAUAUAUAUAGUACAAUGAAAAAAGAUACCAAUAGUGACAAUGUUCGUGUUGUUGUAAGAUGUAGACCUCUCAGUCAAAAGGAGAAAGACACUAAUUGUUCUAUAGCAAUAGUUUGUGAUGAAGUUCGUGGAACUGUUACUAUUAAACAAGAAGAUAAUAGAUCUAGUGAUGUACCAAAAGUCUUUACAUAUGAUCGCGUAUUUGGUCCUGAAAGUAAGCAAACAGAUGUUUACAACGACGCAGCCAGAGCUAUUGUUGAAAGUGUUCUCGAAGGAUACAAUGGUACCAUAUUUGCUUAUGGUCAAACAGGAACUGGGAAGACUUUUACAAUGGAAGGUAUACGUGCUGAACCUAACCUUAGAGGAAUUAUCCCUAAUUCAUUUGCACAUAUUUUUGGGUAUAUCUCUAAGUUAGAUGGAGAUACCAGAUUCCUAGUUCGUGUUUCAUAUUUGGAAAUUUAUAAUGAAAAUGUAAGAGACCUGCUUGGUCGAGACCAAAAUGCAAAAUUAGAAGUUAAAGAGCGUCCUGAUGUUGGUGUGUAUGUAAAAGAUCUUUCAGCUUAUGUCGUAAAUAAUGCUGAUGACAUGGAUAAAACAAUGACAAUGGGAAAUAAAUGCAGAUCUGUUGGUGCUACAAAUAUGAAUGCUACCUCAUCACGAUCGCAUGCCAUUUUCACAAUUACAAUUGAACGAAGCGAAAAGGGGAUUGAUGGGCAGCAACAUUUACGUAUGGGAAAACUUCAUAUGGUUGAUCUUGCUGGCUCUGAAAGACAAGCAAAAACAGGUGCAAGUGGUGACAGACUUAAAGAAGCAAAUAAUAUAAAUCUUUCUCUUUCUACACUUGGUAAUGUCAUUUCAGCUCUCAUUGAUGGUAAAAGCACGCAUAUUCCAUACAGGAAUUCAAAGUUGACACGACUGCUUCAAGAUUCUUUAGGAGGCAAUUCAAAAACUGUGAUGAUUGCAAAUAUGGGUCCUGCAUCAUACAAUGUAGAUGAAACUAUAAGUACCCUUCGGUAUGCUAAUCGUGCAAAGAAUAUAAAAAAUAAUGCUAAAAUUAAUGAAGAUCCUAAAGAUGCAUUACUACGCGAGUUUCAAACAGAAAUUGAAAAAUUAAGAGCUCAAUUAGCUGAAGGUGGUUAUGGAGGUGAAUUAAGUGGUUCAGAAGAAGACGAUGAAGAAGAUGAGGAGUAUGUUGAUGAGAAUGGAGAGAAGAAAAUUAGGAAGAAAAAAAUAGUAUCAAAAUGCAUUUCUCCGCGAGAAGUUGAAAGGCUUAAAGCUCAAAUUGAAAGCGAAAGAAAGGCUCUCCUUGAAAAAAAAAACCUUGCAGAAGAUGAAAAAUUAAAAAUUGAAAAUGAAUUACUUAAAAGAGAAAAUGAACUUUCUAAAGCCCAAGAAGAGCAACAAAAAUUGCAGGAAAAACUUAAAGCAGUUGAGUCCAAGUUGAUUGUUGGUGGUGUAAACUUGCUGGAAAAAGAUGCUGAACAGCAGAGACUUUUAGAUCAAUCUGCUAAAGAAUUAGAGGCAAGACAUGCGCGUGAAGCAGAAAUGCGUAAAAAAUUAGAAGAACAAGAAGCAGAAAAUAUUGAUAUUGAAGAAAAAUAUGCUAAUCUCAAAGAAGAAGCUGCUGGUAAAACAAAAAAAUUAAAAAAGGUCUGGACAAUGCUUAUGGCAGCUAAGUCUGAGAUUAAUGAUAUUCAAGAAGAGCAUCAAAGAGAAACAGAAGGACUCUUGGAUAGUAUUCGAAAUGCAUCAAAAGAAGAUAAGUUUUUACAAUUAACUCUUGACAGUUACAUACCAAAAGACUUACAGGCCAUUAUUGCUCAAAAUGUUGUUUGGAAUGAAGAGAUUGGUGAAUGGCAGUUAUUUUAUGUUGCCUAUACUGGCAAUAAUAUGAGAAAAUUAGAGUCCAGUCCUGAAAAAGAUAAUAAAAAAGUAAAUGAAUUAGAUUUAUCUGGAGUAUAUCUUACCUACAGUAAAAAUCUGCCGCAUGAAACUGACAAAACAUCACGCCCGAAAACUGGGAGAGGUAAAUCAGCAAGACCAAAAACCGCGAAAAAGAAAGGAAAGAAAAAUAGCGGAAGCAAAGGACUAUUUGAUGAUGAAUAACAUUUGUCAACAGUGUACAACAUCGAAAUAUGUCGAAAUAUUGUGUUUACCUUUUAAAAUUAAUCAAAUGCUUUCUAAAAAAGUUUUUUAUGCUAUUGAAAUAAUACCUACAAUGACCGACAUUAUUACCUUAAUUUUUUUUUUAGUUUUUUUAAUAAAUUAAAGUUUUUUUUUAGUGCCAAAAAAAUUAAAUUUGAUGAAUAUAUAUAUAUAUAUAUAUAUAUAUUAAAUUAUUAUUUAUAUUCAAUUUAAGCGUUUAGAAAUAUUGUAAAUAAAUGAAUUUUGAUAUAUGUAUAACUUAUAAAAAAUAGUUGUAUCUUUUUUAUGUCGAAAAAAAGUUAGAUAA